AUGAUUUCCCGUUCCUCCGGAUUAGGUUGCCAGAUGCUGAUAUAUCCGGCGGCAUUCAAUAUGACCACCGGACCAUUGCACUGGUCGUUACUUCAACGUUCCAGAGCGAAUGACAAUCAAUUAUACGUCGCUGGUAUUUCACCGGCUCGUGUUCCUUCAGCCAGUUACGUCGCAUGGGCUCAUACACAGUUGACAAGUCCAUGGGGAGAAAUUCUUCAUGAUCUGGAAACUCAAGAGACUAUGGUAGUCGCCGAUAUCGAUCUGAAGCUUGUUGAAAAAGCAAGAGCUCAAAUACCUACAUUCUCUCAGAGACGUACCGAUUUGUAUGAUACCAUCUGGAAGAAAGAUUAAUUCAAACAGCAGAAAAUGUCUUGUAAUACUCUCAUCAUACACAGAUCUCUAUUCUUUUUAUAAAUCAUUUGUAAUAACUGAAUAACAAAACAAAAUCGAAACGUUACAAUAACCUUUUCGUAUAUCUUAUAAUAUAUAAUUUUAUGCUGUAACAAUUUAUAAACAAUAUAAAUAAUAUAAGAGGGAUACUUUUGAUCAGGGAUAUAAUGACACAAGAAAUAAAUAUAUAACAAUACAUACAUUACAGGUGUAUAUAAAUAUAUAUGUAAUAAAAAGAACACGAAGAGUGUUACUUUUAAAUAUCUUUAAUAUACGAUCAAAUAAACUGUUAUAAUCGGUAAUGAGUUCAGAGUAAAUUUACUCGUACAUAAAAGGCCCCUCGAUGAUCGAAUGACGUAACUUCAUGAUCAAAAGGUAAUUUUUACGUAUCGCGUAGCAAUAUUAAAUCUAGAAAUCUAUCUAGGUAUUUACAUUCAGAUUAGAUGAAUAACUCUCUUUAUAUGUAAACAUGUUAGUUCGAAGUUACAAGCUUAACAAUAAGAGAAAUUGGUCGAUUUAAUAGAACGCCUUGCCUCGAUGGAUAGCUUAAAGAGAGCAAAAACAUGGCAAUGCCGCUAAUACAAAAGGAGGGAGAAAUUCGGGAAAACGAUGGUUGUCGGCUGGAAACGGUUCACGUUAUCUCUCGAGAAAGAUAAGUAAAAGCAACACGCAAACGAUCGUUCUCUUGCUUUUUGCUUUUGUUCUCUUCUUUCUUGAGAACGAAUCGGGUCACGAGAGAAUACAAGGGAACGCAUUGCGACGCCGAAUUAUGAGAAAUUGUGUUCCCUUGGUGUCCCUGGCUCUGCACGUUUCAUGUUUCUAGCGCGCAACUGCCAAAAAUUCCUUCGGACGGAGGGAGAAAAAAAAAAAACGAACAGAAGACAGAGAGCAAUCGAUUCGAGCGUAGCACGAACAAUAGAGCGUGUCCUGAAAGUCAAUCAACAUUCGAAUUUUAAUGUAUUGUCUUCUCACAACGAGAGUGUCUCCGCUUUCUUCGAUUGCCUGAUCAUCAGGACUUGGUGCGUUUCUUUUUAAUGUUAUUCGAGACCGAAAGAAAUUCAUAAUUAUUCCAUAGACAAAAAUGUACACUGUACCAGCGUUUCUUAACCUUUUGAUCACCACGAACUCCUCUUAAAUGAUUUUUCGUUAUCGCGAAUCCUCAAGAGGCACACUUUCAAACAUUAAUAUAUUAUCUGCUAAUUGGAUAACAUGUUAUUUUAUUUAGCUGGACGUUAUAAAUUGAAAUAAUUCAUUAUUUGAAACCAUUAUUUUUUCUUCUAUUUUAAGUAAAAUAU